AUGGCUGGAUCUGGAAGUUCUGAAGUAAGAACUCCGAUCUUCUCCGACGAGAAUUACGAAUUCUGGAGAAUCAGAAUGACGACGAUCUUCAAGUCGCACGGGUUAUGGAAACUGGUCGAAAAGGGGAUUUCGAUCUCAGACUCAAAGAAGAAGGUUGAAAGAGGCUCAGAAGAGGAAGUUGAUGAGAAAACAACAGCUGUCUAUAUGCGAGAUGCUAAGGCCCCAGGCAUUAUUCAGACUGCGGUUUCAGAUCAGAUUGUCCCACGAAUAGCUAAUGCUGAAACAGCAAAAAUGGCUUGGGAUUUGUUGUAUGGAGAGUACCAUGGUGGGGAAGUUGUAGCUAUUUUGAAAAGUCAAGAACAAAGAUUUGAUCUACAUAAUGUGGAUACCACUGAAAGGGCAUUUGCCUAUCUUUCUGUGAAUUCAAAAGGGCAACAAAGCAAGAAUCAUUCUAAGUCUCAAAAGAAUUGGAAUCCUAAGGGAAAACCAUGGGAAUCGAAACGAAAGCCUCAGCAGAACAAUUAUGCACCAAAUCACCGUUUUGGUUCCCCACAACAGACAACUCAAGAUGCUGCUAAACAACAGUGCAAGGUGCAGAUGCCUAUUGGAAAUUUGGUAGAUGUUGUAGGCAUAGGCUCACUGGUGAUUGAAACUAGUGCUAGUAAGAAAUACAUUAGAGAAGUCAUGUUUCUACCUGGCUUAAAGGAGAAUUUGUUGAAUGUUGGUCAAAUGAAUGAACAUGGGUAUCAUUUGCUAUUUGGUGGAGGCAUGUGCCGCAUCUUUGAUGGUCCCUCACUUGACAAGUUGGUUAUCAAGGUCAAGAUGAAAAAUAAUAGGUGUUAUCCUUUAUCUUUAAUGCAAAAUUAUCAGAUUGCGUCAAGGGCUAGUGUGACUGAAUGCACUUGGAUCUGGCAUAAGAGGUUAGGCCACUUAAACCUCAGAAGUCUCAAACAGUUGAGAGACCAAAGUAUGGUUCAUGAUCUUCCAUAUUUGGAAGAAAUUAAUGGUGUAUGUGAGGGAUGUCAAUUGAGCAAGCAACAUAGGGAUUGGUUUCCUAAAAGGCAGGCUUGGAGAGCAAGAAAUCCUCUGAAACUGAUACACAUAGAUCUAUGUGGUCCAAUGCAUACUGAAUCUAUAGCUGGAAACAUAUAUUUUAUGCUACUCAUUGAUGAUUGCACAAGGAUGACUUGGGUGUACUUUCUAAGGUAUAAAUUAGAUGCAAUAACCUGUUUUAGAAAGUUUAAAAACAUGGUAGAACUGCAAAGUGGUUUCAAAGUGAAGUGUGUGAGAAGUGAUAGAGGAGGUGAAUUCACAUCUAGUGAAUUCAGCAAAUUAUGUGAAGAAGGUGGCAUUCAAAGACAACUAACCACAACCUAUACUCCACAACCAAAUGGAGUGGUGGAGACGAAAAAUAGAACUGUGGUGGAAAUGGCCAAGGCAAUGCUUCAUGAGAAGAAUAUCACUCCAUUUCAUGAAAAGCAUAUAGUGGUAGAAAACCAGUAUGACUUGGAACUGGAAAGCACAGACAGAAAUACCUACUACAGUGACAAAUACUCAGAUCAAUCUAAAAAUGAGAUUGAUUCCAGUCUACAUGAAGUAACAGAAGUAGACAACAAUUGUGCUAGUCCUUGCAGCUCUUCUCAAGCUGAAGAACAAGAGAGAAAUAUCCAUGAAACUGCUGAGAUCACUAAACCUUAUGAUCAUACACCAGUUAAGUGGAGAAGCCUAAAUGAUAUUCUAGCACAAUGCAAUCUCUGCAUUGUGGAGCCAGAGAAGUAUGAAGAAGUUGCACAGGAUCAGUCAUGGAUAAAAGCAAUGGAGGAUGAACUAUCUAUGAUUGAGAAAAAUGGAACUUGUGAACAGACCAAGUGA